CUGGCAAGCCCCUUGGCCGCGCGAGGCCGGCUGCCUGUCACCGGCGGCGCGCUGCCUGAUCUCGCGCACGGGGGGCUUCUGUGUAAACGGAGGCGAAACAAACACAGAUGGAGCGCGGCGCGCGCUGCCCAGCAGCGCGGCCGGGACCUCCGCUGACGUUCUGAGCGCUCCCGGCGGGCGCCCGCCGCCGCCCUGCCUGCACGGGGGCCGCGUGGUAACACCGCCGCACCACACCCGGCAGCGGGGGGAGGGUGUAGGUCUGCGGGGGGGGGAGCCAGCGACCUGAGAGAGCGAGCGGGGCCGGCGCUGCCUGACAGGCUCCCAGCAUGAGGAACACGCAGCUCCUGGACGAGGAGCCGUGGCGAAGCCUGUGCGCGAAGGAGCUCGGCGGCCUCAAGAAGCUGAAGCGGAAGCACAAGGAGCCGCCGGCGCAGGGCUGCAAAAGUUUCAAAGUGGCGCUGAAAGUCCGCGAGCGCGCGGCCGCCGCCGGCGGCGGCGGCGGCGGCGCGGGGGGGAGGCUGCUGGAGAGACCCGCGAGCCUGGCGCCCGACAGCCGGGCGGGCCCCUCCCAGGGGGCAGCGGCCCCGCAGCUCCCGGCCGGCAGCGCCGCGGGGGCGCUGGACAUGCGGAAAGGCGCGUUCCCGGCGGCCGGCCUCGCCUGCCCGCCCCUGCGCCCAGAGCCCGCUUUGAGCGGGCCGCCGCCGUGCCCGGAGCCGAGCCUGCCGUCCAGGCUCGCCCUGUGCCCGCCGCAGCGGCCGCUGGAAAGCGCCUACGCCUCGGGGGCCCAGGGCGCGUACAGCCGCUCGCCCGACCGCGCCGCAUCGCCUAGGAAACGGCUGGGGGACACGGCCGGCGUCUCCUCGGAGAUCAAAGCCAUCCAGCAGACCCGGCGGCUGCUGGCGAACGCCCGGGAGAGAACCCGGGUGCAUACCAUCAGUGCCGCCUUCGAGGCGCUGCGAAAACAGGUUCCCUGCUAUUCUUAUGGUCAAAAGUUGUCCAAACUGGCUAUUUUGAGAAUAGCCUGUAACUAUAUCCUUUCCCUGGCCAGACUAGCUGACAUGGAUUACAGUGCUGACCACAGUAACAUGAGCUUCUCAGAAUGCGUGGAGCAGUGCACUAGGACCUUGCAGGCAGAAGGGAGAUCUAAAAAAAGGAAGGAGUAAUAACCAGGAGGGAGGAUUCAGAAGAUUUUCCAGCCAGAGUUCCAUCCAUUCUUGGCAAAGGUUGCAUGAUCCAGAUGAAGACUGCAGCUUUUUGCAAAGACCCCUUUUCAAGACGACAGUUGGCAGUGGGACUUACUCAAUCUCUGGGGGGAAAAAAUGGAGAUGCCUUUUUUAAAAAAAAAAAAAAAGCCAGCCACCUUUUAGUACGUGCAAUUUAUUUAGCACUUUUCCCUUUGCUUAACUGGGAAAUGUUACCCUCUCUGCUCAUGUUGUACAGUCAUUUUGUUGUUGUUGUUGUUGUAGCUGUUGUGCCAAAGACUUGAUGGAGCUUCUACACAGCGUCUAGUUUUGCCUUAAACGUUAAAUCCUUGAGCCAAAGAAAACUCAGAAAUUCUGUUUAGGUAAUGUUGAGUGGGCCAGUUUAAUCAGUGACAAAUCUGAAUUUCUGAAUCCUUCUGUAAAAGUUUCCUCUUUUUUUUUUCCUCCUGUUCAUAUCUAUCUACUUGCAGCCCUGGAACCAGCAUUCACAGCCGGAAAAAGCCAGGGCACACCAACACUUGCUCCAGAGUUGAUCUCUCUUUCUUUCAGCGAUUUCAUUGUUCUACUUCUUUGGCAAUUACCUGGUUUUCUUCCUGCUGGAAAACAUUGUGCAUAGGGUAGAAAUACUGACACAAAGUGAGAGCUGAAACCAGAUCUAUGCUUUUUAAAUAUAAAUAUAUAAAUAAAUAAAAAGUGCCACAUAAAGCAAUAAAAAAAAAAAAUCAAUAAGACAGUUCAGAUAGGCAGCAUGGUGUGUAGCAAAACAAUUCAGUAAUUUUGUUUCGGUUUUGUGAAGUCAUUUUUGGCUGUUUUUUUUAAGUAGUUAAAAACCCAUGUAAUGCAAAGGCAUUUGAAUCCUAUACUGUAUUUUUCGCUUCAAAUUGAAGUAAAAAAAUUAAGAACCAUUUGCUUGGAAUAAGCAAACUUUAUAGGUAAUGCAGUUCAUAUGCAAGACAUCUGCUAGUGAUGGAGGACAGAAUUCAGUGUCAGAGUAAAAGAAUAUGGGUUUGUAAAGAAAGGAGAUUAACAUAUUUUGUUUUCACUUAAGGGUAAAGGUUAUACCUCAGGGGACAGAUUCAGAUCUGUUACACUAGUGUAAAUCAGGUUUACUUACGUUUGAUUUACUCCAGUGUAACAGAUCUGAGCCUGGCCCUGUGUGUGUAUGUCUGGAGUUGGGUGGGGUAGGAGGUCUCUUCUCUUCAUUAUAUGAACAUGUAACUCUUAGCAGCCUCAGCAGGAAUUAUGUGUGUGUGCAGAGGGGAGAUCAGACUCUGUGCUACUAAACUGUUGACCUGAUAUCAAUACAAAAUCCUGAACUCA